GCACUCCUGCCUUCCCAUUGAUGAUGUCGAGCAUGGGGACGACCUUUGCUCCGAUCACCACUGUAGGAUCGAUUGGCAUGAUCCCAAUCAUGUCAACCCCUACUCCUACGCCGACGACAACAAUGUUCCCAGGCUCGAUAACAACGCCUGGUGGAGCAUUCACACCAAUGGAAAGACUUGGCGGGAGUCGUCACGCCCAAUCUCGUCGUUCUAGGGAAUCUGAGACGAUUCACCAAGACGAGGAGGAAGCAGAAAGCCAACCGAGGGCGUCGGCAUAUACCAGGCUCUCAUACGAUGAGGGUGACCUGGACAAGAUAGGGAGCGUAGCAAGGAAACUACGUGCCCUGGAGGAAAAAGUGGAAGAGAAGGCGGGAGCGAAAAAGCACACCUUGGCUAAAUCUCCCUUUUCGGCCAGGGUACAUGCGCAGAGGUUGAGACGGAAGAUUAAGCUGGACGUGGAGAAAUUCACAGGAAAGGAGGAUCCAAACGUCCACCUUGACACCUUCCACAAUGCAGCACAGAUGGCUGGGUGCACUGAUGCUGAGGAAUGCCUACUCUUCUUCUCAUCCUUGAGAGGGAGGCCGGUGGAAUGGUUUAAUGGCCUUCCCCAUAGCAGAAUCGGGUCCUUUGAGAAACUUGCCGAAGUUUUCCGCAAGAAGUACCAGGACAAUUGCAUCAAGAGGAAGAAGUUCACCUACCUUAACACGGUAGGGCAGAAGGAGAAGGAGUCCUUGACUCAAUUCUUGACCCGCUGGAGGGACGAGGUAGAAGAGAUGGACGAAAAGACGGCCAUGUCUUUGCUGAUGAAUGCCUUCCGGUCGGGUGACCUCUACACCGAAUUCUGUAGGAGGCCACCCUCCUCUUACCAAGAAGCCUACAAUACGGCAUGGGAGUAUGCCGACGCGGAGGUCUUGAAUAAGAGCAAGCGGGAAUUGGAGGAAGGGUAUACGAAGGUGAAAACCGACAAGCCGAAGAAAGGCGACCAAGCGGAAGGGUCCAAACUAAAGGCUACAUAUGACGGGUCUGUCCAUCAAAUAAGGGAUGAUAAGAAGGGAGAGCAGUCCAAGAGGCCAUGGACGGAGAAGUGGUGUACCUACCACCAAUCCGACUCCCACAAUACGGCGGAUUGUCGGAAUGUCAAGGCUGUGCUCAAAGAGAUGGCCUUGAAGGGAGAGCUUGGGGAAGGCGGGGACACUGCCUCCCAGCGGAAGAACUGGGCCAGGAGCUUACACGUAGCGGUGGUUUCCUUGGAAUCACAAGGAAAGCAGGCAAGAAGGGAACCUAUCACUUUCACUGAUAGGGAUCUGCCCAGGGCAUCAACGGGGCUGAUGUGGCCAGAGUCCAUGUUGAGGCCAUUGCAAACUCCAUUGUCAGGCUUCACUGGAGCUAGCAUAGAAGCGGAAGGUCAGAUAACCUUACCGGUUACCUUGGGGUCAGGUAAUAGGACAGUGACCAAACAAAUGAGAUUUGUUGUGGUCGACAUCAAGUGUGUACAUAAUGCUAUUAUUGGUAGACCUGGAAUCAACCAGGGUAGGGCCAUCAUUUCUAUGGCACACUUAUGCAUGAAGUUUUACACUCCCAAUGGAAUCGGGGAGGAAAGGGGUGAUCAAAAGAACGCCCGGUCCUGCUACCUGGAAGCAGUCAAGAAGAUGACUCGCCAGUUCGAACAAAUUGAAUUAGUCUCCCAGCAGGUAGACAAGGGUGAGGAGAAGGCUAGGAUUGAGCCGGAUGCAAACACAGAGGAGAUCCAGAUUGAUACCUCCAAUCCUAAGAGGAAGGUCAAAAUUGGGGCUGAUCUUCAGGAAGAGUUAAGGACUGAGAUUGUCCAGAUGUUGACUAGAUAUAAAUCAUUAUUUGCAUGGAGUGUUGCUGAUAUGCCCGGGAUUGACCGGUCAGUCAUUUGCCAUCGUCUCUCUGUUCUUGAGGGGUCUAGGCCUGUAAGACAGAAGAAGAGAUUCUUGACAAGUGAUAGGAGGGACUUUGUGAAGAAAGAGGUCAAGGACCUACUUGAGGCAGAAGAACCGGCCAGGGCCAUCACUGAGCUUUGGUGGUCCAUGUCGGUCGACGGAGCCUCUGGACCAAAAGGUUAUGGGGGAGGUGUGGUAUUCACAACUCUGGAAGGGUUUAACGUAUAUCAUGCCUUGAUUUUUAAUUUCAAGCUCACAAACAAUGAGGCCGAGUAUGAGGGGUUGAUAGGGGGCUUGAGAUUGGCCAAAACCCUACAAAUCACAUGCCUCAAGAUCAAGUACGAUUCAAGCUUGGUGGUAGGCCUCAUCAAUGGCAACAUGGAGGCCAAAGGAGAGAAAAUGCAGAAGUACAGAGACUUGGCAAGGGCACUAUUGAAGGACCUGACUGAGUAUGUGAUGGAGCAAAUCCCUAGGGGGGAGAACACCGAUGCUGAUUUGCUAUCAAAAUUGACGCAAGCAGCCCCGGAGCAUGUGUCCAAGCUGGCCAGGAUCGAGACGCUGGAGAAGGCUAGCAAUGAAGGGUUUUCUUGUGAGCCUGAUAGAGGAGGAUGGACAGCUCAAUCUAGGCCUGGUGGAGCCGGAUGAUAUUUGGAUGGAUGAUUUGGUCAAGUAUUACAUGACCGGGCAAUUCCCUGAGAAUGAGGACAGGGUAAGAAAAGUAAAGUUGAGGG